UCCAGACCGGAAGGGGUUCCCGCUGCCAUUCUCCAGUCAACCACAGGGAGGCGACAGCGGCUUCGAUAGCGAGGAGGACGUUCCCAAUGGCGGAAGCGGAAAAGGCGGGACCUAGAAAGCACGUUCAGUCAGUCAGUAAGAGUGAUCCUGAAGGCUGAGAGCUGGGUACUUCGUACGCGUGUUGGCCGCCCGGCGGCUUGUGAAGUCCCAGCCUCAUGGCGGAGAUAAUUCAGGAACGCAUAGAAGAUCGAAUCCCGGAGUUGGAACAGCUGGAGCGCAUCGGACUCUUCAGUCGCGCGGAAAUUAAGGCUAUCAUCAAGAAAGCUUCUGAUCUAGAGUACAAAAUACAGCGGAGGACCCUUCUCAAGGAAGACUUUAUCAAUUAUGUUCAAUAUGAAAUUAAUCUUUUGGAGCUGAUCCAGAGAAGAAGAGCAAGAAUUAAAUAUUCAUUUAAGAAGGAUGAGAUUGAAUAUUCUAUUGUACAUCGGGUACAGGGUGUCUUCGGUCGUGCUUCGGCAAAGUGGAAAGAUGAUGUUCAGCUUUGGCUAUCCUAUAUAGUUUUUUGUAAGAAAUGGGGUACUAAAGCUCAGCUUAGCAAGAUAUUCUCUGCCAUGCUUGCCAUUCACUCAAACAAACCAGCUUUGUGGAUUAUGGCAGCCAAAUGGGAAAUGGAAGAUCGCUUGUCUUCAGAAAGUGCCAGACAGUUAUUUCUUCGGGCUCUACGAUUUCAUCCUGAGUGUCCAAAACUCUAUCAAGAAUACUUUAGGAUGGAGCUGAUGCAUGCUGAGAAACUGAGAAAGGAAAAGCAGGAAUUUGAUAAAGCUGCCAUGGAUAUGGGGAAUUUUGAUCAUCCUGAAGAAAUCCUUAAGGGCGAGUUGGCACGGAUCAUUUACAAAAAUUCUGUAAGCAAGAUUAAAGGUGCAGAAUUUCAUGUAUCACUUCUUUCAAUUGCACAACUAUUUGAUUUUGCCAAGGAUCUACAAAAAGAAAUUUAUGAUGACCUUCAAGCUCUGCACACCGAUGACCCAUUCACUUGGGAUUAUGUGGCACGGCGAGAAUUAGAGAUCCAGUCCCAACCAGGUGAAGAGCAGCCUGUAUCGAAACAAGCCAAAGCAGUGGAAGUGGGCCGAAGGGAGGAACGGUGCUGUGCAGUGUACGAAGAGGCUGUGAAGACCCUGCCUACGGAGGCUAUGUGGAAGUGUUACAUCAACUUUUGUUUGGAAAGGUUUUCUAAGAAGACCAGUAGUGUACCCCUCAGAGGGCAGAGGCUGGAAAGAACCAUGUUUGCAUUCAGGAAGGCGCAUGAACUGAAGCUCCUUUCUGAAGUCCAGUACAAGCAGUGGAUUGACUUGUUGCUGCGCCAGGACCUCUUUAAAGAGGCUUUGCAGGUGGCAGAAGAUGGGACGGAAUUGUUCAAGGACUCUGCAACAAUGUGGCAGCUGAAGUUGCAGGUGCUCAUUGGGGCAAAGAGCCCCGAUGUAGCGAUGCAGUUUGAAGAAGCCUUUGCACAUCUCAAACCCCAGGUUUGCCUGCCCUUGUGGAUUUCUUGGGCAGAGUGGAGUGAAAGUGCUAACAGCCAGGAGGACACUGAAGCAAUCUUUAAGAAAGCUAUUUUAGCUGUCACAGGUGCCAAUUCAGUAACUCUGAAGGAGAAAUACCUGGAUUGGGCUUAUCGAAGCGGUGGCUACAAAAAGACCAGAGCAGUGUUUAAAAGUUUACAGGAAAACCGUCCAUUUUCAGUUGAUUUUUUCAGGAAAAUGAUACAGUUUGAAAAGGAGCAGGAACCCUGCAAGAUGGCAAACCUGAGGGAAUAUUACGAGAGGGCGUUGAGAGAGUUUGGGUCUACAGAUUCUGAUCUGUGGAUGGAUUACAUCAAAGAAGAAUUGAGCCACCCCUUCGGCAGACCUGAGAACUGUGGGCAGAUCUAUUGGCGAGCCAUGAAAAUGCUACAGGGACAGUCAGCAGAGCUGUUUGUAGCUAAACAUGCCAUGCAUCAGGCUGGCCACUAGCGAAGAGUACUACCAAUUUGGUGAAAUUGUAUUGAAGCCUCUAGGACAGUUUGUAGCAGGAGUCAGUGUAUGAACUGUUGAGAAGUGGCAGACAGGGUAGCCGAUUGAUUUUGUAACAUACUUUAAUUUGGCAUUAAUCUUUGGUUCCAGAAAAGAGAGCUGCCGCUGCCUGUUAAAUCUAAAAUACAUGGAAAUCGUA